ACCCGCUUGUUGUCCAUCAUCAUCCUCCUCCUUUGUUUUUCUUUUUCUUUUUCUUAUUAAACAAACAAUUAAUUAAGCUUUGUGGAAGAAGACGUUUCGUCGUUUUUCAGCUGUUUGUAUCUUCUGACACACCUUGAUUGCAUUCUCAUUAUAUAUUUUUAUAGAUUUCUCAGCACAGAACCUCUCUCUCUCUCUCUUCAAAAGUUCUUUGUUGCUCAUCAAAGGGUGCUUGCUUGGCUUGUGCAUCAAAUGAUUUGAAAAGAGAGGGUCAAAUCAAAAGAAGUUCCCCUGUUUUGAUCUAUCCACAGGUACUUCUCUUUAAAAUAUUAUCCAGUGAAACAUGUAAACUUCGUUGCUCUCACAAAUUCCCCCCAACCCAGAAUUUGAUAUAUUAAAAAAACAAUUUUUUAAAAAGAAAAUGGCCAUAAAUGUGUGGAUAAUGAGAUGAAUAAAGAUGGGCAUCUUUUUCCGGAGUCUUUUUAACCAUCUCUCUCUUCAACUCCUUUUUUGCCCUUUUCAGUUGGGGUGGAAUUGCAGAGGAUUUGAGUCUGACAGAGAGCUUUCCUCUUUGUAAGUGAAGGGACUGAUGAAAUCCCAAAGAUAGAUAGAUCACAUAUGCAUGUUGACAGGUGGAGACGAUCAUGAAGCACGUGCGCACUCCAAUUUCUGUCACACCAGGAUUCUUCUGAUAGAGAAAUUACCAGCAUCAAUUAUUGGGAGUUGUUUGAUGGGUUGAUCCAAAAAUCGUACCAAGAUUCAUCACAAGGCUCAAGUGAAGUAACAACCUAUUUUAUCCCAAACCAAUGGCUACAUACUUUCAUGGUAACUCCGAAAUCCCAUCAGGUGGUGCUGAUGGACUCCAAACUCUCGUCCUCAUGAAUCCUGGUUACAUCCACUACUCUGACGCACCGCCGCAGCCACCGCCUUCCCACGCUGCUGGCAACCUCGUAUUCCUCAACGCUGCCACCGUUGCCAGCAACAACAACUCCUUCAGCUCUCACGCGCCACCUUCUCACACACAACAAUUCGUUGGGAUACCUCUCCCCGCUUCUCAAGACCUCAACCACCACUCCAUGCACGCGCAUCACGACGUCUCUGCCUUGCAUGGCUUCCUGCCACGCAUGCAGUACAAUCCCUGGAACGCCAUUGACCCCAACUCAGCGGCGCGUGACACCCCACGCGCGCAGCAGGGGCUGUCUCUGAGCCUCUCCUCGCAGCAGGCGGGGUUUGGGUCUUUUCGGGAGGGUCAGGCGCCGGCGAUGUCAAGCGAUGAGCUGCGCGUGUCUGGUGGGUCGCCGUCUUCCGCUUCUGGGGUUACUAAUAAUGGCGCUUCGGGUAUUCAGAGUGUGCUUUUGAGCUCAAAGUAUUUGAAGGCAACGCAUGAGCUUCUAGAAGAGGUUGUGAAUGUUAACAAUGGGAUUGGUACUGAAUUGGCAAAGAAGAGUGGUGGACAGAGCAAGGUGAUUGGGGAGUCAUCUGCUGCAGCCAGUGGAGAUGGUUCAGUUGGUGGGGAGGGAAGCGGGAAACGUAGCUCCGAGCUAUCAACUGCUGAAAGACAAGAAAUUCAGAUGAAAAAAGCAAAGCUAAUCAGCAUGCUUGAUGAGGUGGAGCAAAGGUAUAGACAGUACCAUCACCAGAUGGAGAUUGUGGUUUCUUCGUUUGAACAAGCUGCAGGGAUUGGAUCAGCGAGGACAUACACUGCCCUUGCACUGCAAACAAUCUCAAAGCAGUUUCGGUGUUUGAAGGAUGCAAUCACAGGCCAAAUUCGAGCUGCAAAUAAGAGCUUAGGAGAAGAAGAUUGCUUUGGAGGAAAAAUUGAAGGUUCAAGGCUCAAAUACGUUGAUCAUCAUCUACGGCAACAACGAGCUCUCCAACAAUUGGGAAUGAUCCAGCACAAUGCUUGGAGACCCCAGAGAGGAUUGCCUGAAAGAUCCGUUUCUGUUCUUCGUGCUUGGCUCUUUGAACACUUCCUCCACCCUUAUCCCAAGGAUUCAGACAAGCACAUGCUUGCAAAACAAACAGGGCUAACUAGGAGCCAGGUUUCGAAUUGGUUUAUAAAUGCUCGAGUUCGGCUUUGGAAGCCAAUGGUGGAAGAAAUGUACUUGGAGGAGAUGAAGGAGCAUGAGCAAAAUGGGUCUGAGGAUAAGUCAAGCAAGAGCAAUGAUGAUUCUUCUAUGAAAAUGGCAGCUCCACAAGAGAAAGGUCCUACCAAUGAAACCGAAGCUAAGAGUUUUAGUUCUAAACAAGACGUUUCUAAGAGCCAGAACACUCCAAUAGUAUCAGUUUCUAGACCAUCAACAUCACCACUUGGUGGAAAUGUAAGAAACCAAUCAGGAUUCAGCUUCAUUGGGUCAUCAGAACUAGAAGGGAUCACACAAGGAAGUCCCAAGAAACCAAGAAACCAUGAGAUUGUGCAUUCCCCUAAUGGCAUCCCUUCAAUUAACAUGGAUGUCAAGCCUAAUGAGGGAAACAAUGAGCAACUCUCAAUGAAGUUUGGAGAGGAAAGGCAAGGGAGAGAUGGCUCUUCUUUUAUGGGAAACCAAACAAACUUCAUUGGUGGUUUUGGACAGUACCCUAUUGGGGAUAUUGGUAGAUUUGAUGCAGAGCAGUUUACCCCAAGGUUUUCAGGUAAUGGGGUUUCCCUCACUCUUGGUCUUGACUCUUUACCUGGAACCCAUCAAACAUUUCUCCCAAAUCAGAACAUUCAACUGGGUAGAAGUUUGGACAUAGCAGAACCAAAUGAGUUCGGUGCAAUAAACACUUCCUCUCCUCACUCUACAGCUGCUUAUGAGAGUAUCAACAUGCAAAACCCAAAGAGGUUUGCCGCACAAUUGCUGCCAGACUUUGUUGCCUAAGUAAGACAUUAAAAGGUGAGCCAUGUGAUAUCACACUAGCACUUGCUCACAAUUUCUUCUUGGUCCCCUGCUUAUGAUGGGGGGUGGUGAAAAUUUGUAGUGUAAAGAAAGAAGGAAUUUUACUUUAGUAUAGGUUUAUACCCUGCAUAGAACCAUUUGAGUUCUUAGAUAGCUUAGGAUUUGAGAGUAUAUGGUUGAGGUUGUAUAUUAUUUUUGUAAGUUCUGAAGGUGGGAUAGAUGGAUUGUUGUCAUAAAUUUCAAUUUGGUAAAGAUACAAAUAUAUCUUCGAUUGAAAAUAUAUGUUGUGAUAUUCUACGUAUCCUCCUUUUGAAGAAACAAGAAUCAAUUACCAUUUUUUCAAAGAAUGGUCACCCUUCUAUGGUGGUGAAUUUGAAGCCACAAAUUAAUCUAGAAAAAUGUAAUAAAUGGAAGUAAAAUCUAGAUGAGUUCCGUG